AUGGCAUUGAAGCUGGUCCAGAGACUUUCACUGGGGAUUCGACCCGGCACCGUCUCAUGUGCGGCCCAGCCCGUUUGCGUGGCCUGCGUCUGCACCUCAACGGGGCGCUGCAUUCUGACGGGAGGUUGUCGCCGGCUCCGAUUGUCCAGGAGUUCAGGAAGCCUGACCUCCGUGGUCCGAGAGCCCUCUUUCGUGGGUCCGCGUGGGGAGUCGGUCCCUCGGUUCCGCCUGACCCAGCAGCACGGACCCGUGGCCGAAGAAGAGGAGCGGCAUUUCCGAAGCCGUUUGAGUUCCUGUUUGUCUUCCGCCAAGGUCUUCAAGCUCCUGCGCUCGACGUCGAUGGUGUCCGAAGACGUGGCGGUGGCCGUCCUCCACCGCGUGUCUGACCUGGAACGGGAUGAAGAGAACCGCUCCCUGCGCGAUCCGUCAGUGCUGGACGAUGACGCCAUCCGAGUUCUGUGCCUGCAACUGGAACGGGACUCAGGCCUUUUGUCCGAUUCCGCUCUGGUGUCAGCUCUUCUAGCCUGCACACGUCUCUACUUGGACCCGUGGAGCACCUUGAUGGUUCGUCUGAUCUCUGAAAGCCAAAAGAGGCUGGACAGUAGCGGGCUGAGUGUGGACCAGCUGUGCAUCCUGGGCCAGGCCAUGCUGGCCAUUGAGGGCCCCGAGGGAGCCGUCUUAGAGGAGGUGAUGACGCAAAUCCAGAAUGUCAAACCUUCACGGUGGAGUUUAGAUGAACUGUCGUCAGUUUACCGGCUCCUACAAACCGGCGUGGCUCACGGUGGAAAAUACCGGGACCUCUUAAAUGCAAUGCACAGCCACGCCGUGACAGUCACGUCUUCCAUGGACGAGGCGGCUGUCAGCGGGCUCCUUGGCGCCUUGGUGGAUCUCAACCAGACACAGGUCGUGCCGCUGGUGAUCCAGCUGUGCAAACGUGCCGUCCGACAUGUGCCUCGCUUCACCGACGAGCAGCUGGCCACCGUCCUGGCCGCCCUCAUGCACUUCGGCCACAGCGACCGCUACCUGGUGGAGGCGGUGGAGCGGCGCGUGACGACCACCGCCUUUACGUGCCAUGCGGAAAUGCUCACCAAAGCCACACAGUUUUUGGGCCGCAGGAACAUCCUGUCGCCACCAGUGCUGGACGCAGUCGCUGAAAGUUUCGUGUACCGUGCCGACACCUACAGCACCGGGCAGGUGGCACGGCAGAUCGCCCCCUUCGGGAAGUUGGCGUACUUGCCGCCCAACGCUGGUGAACUCUUCCGGAAGAUCGAGGGCAUCCUGAGUACACGCUUCUCGCAGUUUCAGCCUCACACGCUGCUGGAUUUGCUGCACUCCUGCAUCUUGGUGGAGAGGUUCCCUGUCAACUUUGUCUCUAAGGUGUUCAGAAACUUCUUCCUCCAGCAGCUACAAGAGGAAGCCACUGUGAAUGACCGCUUCAUCCUAGCGCAGUUGACUCAGCUCUACAUGACGAUCAAAUUGGAGUGUCCCUUUUAUGAGGGCCCCCAGCUGCCCCCCAAGUAUCGUGUCAAGUCCUUCCUGAUCCCGGGACGAUCCCUGGAGACACCGGUGGACCAGCAACUGUACAACUCCGUAAAAUCAGGCCUGGUGGACCUGCUUGGCGCUCGCUCCUAUUUCAGCUCCAAAGUCUUGACGCCGUACUGCUACACGUUGGAUGUAGAGAUUAAGUUGGAUGAAGAAGGAUACGUUUUGCCCGCAAGCCAUGAUGAUGUUUUCAAAAGGAUAGCAUUGUGCAUCGACGGGCAGAGUAGGUUCACUAUCAACGACAGACGGCUUCUCGGCAGCGAGGGCAUCAAACAGCGGCACCUCAAGCGGCUGGGAUACGAAGUGGUUCAGAUACCCUUCUCCGAAUUUAACAAACUGCACAGCAAGGACAGCGUCAUGAAUUACCUGCACCAGAAAAUCUUCCCUCACAGCUACAGACUGAACUGGUGA